GUCUUGUGACAAAAUGGCGGCGCCCUGUGUGAGAGUUGCUGUGUUGUUGCUGUCUGUGUUUUCCAUUGUGCUUGCGAAGGCGGGUGAUGAGUUGCUGUGUAGCUCUACCGAUAUUCCCUCAGACAAGAUGGAUAGGGCCAAACUGACUAUCAUAUCCAAGGUGCCAGAUAAUAUCAUCUUAUGGACCCAAACAACAGAAUGUCGUGGAUGUAAAUUGAAAGAAAACUGUUGAAUUCAAAGUGAUACCAACUGUACGGUGAGUCUGGAUACAAGAUGGAAGAUACAGUAUCAGAUUACUUUUGAUGUCAACAAAACUCAUCCCUCACAAAAAGGCAGCUGUCCAGAAGUAACAUUAAAACUGGAUGAGUAUGGUGUCUACUAUAUCUAUGUGCAGAAAAAUCCUCUUAACAAUUCCUUCAUCAAAUGUGACGCUGCCCUGCAGAUGAACAUGCCAGCAGAUAGCAACAUUCCUAUAUACGUGGCCAUAGGGAUCUUUGUCGGUUUGGCACUGAUCUGGGUUUUUGCUAUCAACUGUCACAGACGACACUGGUGGAACAGAGUGUUACUGAGUGCCGGAGCGGAGCGUCUGAUAGAUCCACCUCACAAUGAAUCUAAGGAACAGGGAGAACUUAUCAAGGAAAAGCAAUCAGGAGACACAGGGAGAAGUUUGAGGCGACGUGCGGGGCGCCCUAGGGAGCCCCAGACUAAGGGGAGGCACGCCUAUGCCUCCCAGGACCUCGGAAGCAUGCAAAAUAUGAAUACCAACAUCAACCCUGUGGACAAUGAGGAGAGCCGACCUAAGAAGGAACGUCUCAAAUCCUUAGAUACUUUCAGAGGAUUGAGUUUAGUGGUAAUGUGCUUUGUUAACUAUGGCGGAGGGGGAUAUUGGUUUUUUGCCCAUUCUGACUGGAAUGGAAUUACAGUAGCAGAUUUGGUUUUCCCCUGGUUCGUGUUCAUCAUGGGGACUUCCAUGGCCUUCUCCUACAGUUCCCUCCUACAGAAAUGUGUCCCAAAAUGGAAAAUAUUUUUAAAGAUUCUAAAGAGAUCUUGUAUUCUCUUUGUUCUUGGUUUGAUUGUCAACACAGCAGGAGGAAACUCACCUGUGUCCCUGCCACAUCUGAGAAUCCCUGGAGUACUACAGAGGUUUGCCCUCACCUAUCUCAUCACUGCCUCUGUACACCUAGUGUUUAUCCGUGAGGCCGAUAUCCACAUGCAUUCCUACUGGAGUCGGGCCAGGGACAUACUGUACUACUGGCCGGAGUGGAUUAUCAACUUCAUGUUAAUCUCUCUACACUGUGCUCUUACCUUUGGCUUGGAUGUCCCAAAAUGUCCUAAAGGGUACCUGGGGCCAGGUGGUGAGGCUGACAUGGGGAAGUAUAGUAACUGUACUGGAGGAGUAGCGGGCUACAUAGACCGACAGGUCCUGGGAGAUAAUCAUAUAUACAGUAAUCCUACCUGUAAGGAAAUUUACAACACCAAGGUACCGUAUGAUCCUGAAGGAAUUCUGGGAACUAUUACUUCCUGUUUUAUGUGUUUCCUGGGAUUACAGGCAGGGAAAAUCCUGAUGUAUUUCAAGGACGUUAGAGGUCGUGUGGUGCGUUUCCUAUCCUGGGGCUUUGUGCUGUCCCUGAUCGCCGCCAUAUUGUGUAAAUUUAGUAAAGAUGACGGAUGGAUUCCUAUCAAUAAAAACCUCUGGUCACUGUCCUUCGUGCUGUGUCUGGCUGGGAUGGCGUUCAUAGUCUUAACAGUGUGUUAUCUCAUGAUAGACGUGUGGAAAAUAUGGAACGGGGCUCCAUUCUAUUAUCCAGGAAUGAACUCAAUCGUUAUUUACCUGGGCCACGAAGUGUUUCACAACGCCUUCCCUGUCAAGUGGGCGGUGCCCCCCACACAUGCGUCACUCCUACCGCUGAACCUCUGGGGUACCUUCUUCUGGGUCAUUGUUGCCAUCUUCCUCUACUGUAAGAGAGUCUUCGUUGCUAUCUGAUCCCGCCCUGUAGGUGGCGCCAGCUCAGAUAGUCAGCCAAUCGAGUGUUGAUCUGGUGUAGGGUUUUUCUAUGGUGAAGCAGCUUUACUUGUUUCAGUAACUGAAAGUUAUUGUAUAUUUUUUUUUUGUGGACAGAACUAAUCAUGUACUAGAUAUUAUUUGUAUUUGGAGAUGGUUAAUCCUGGCAAAAUUAUUCCUAUGUAUAUUGAAUGUGUACGGGGGCGAGAUCCAUAUAACUGUUUUAAAACUAUAGAUAUGUAUCUCAAGGUUCAUAUACACACAAUUUAUAAUUUUAUACCUCCCAUAGUUGUUUAUGUCACUUACAUAACUAUCUCAUUCUGAGAGUAAACAUAGCUUACAAACAAGCAAACAACAAAAUGUAUAAGCAGGCUUUUCUUAUAAUUAUGGAAUUUAUUAACAAUUCUUGUCUUCCUUAUGCCUGUUGCAGUCGUCUUUGUAAAUUUUGUACAUUUAUUAGAGUUGUGCCCCCUUUCUGUUUUCUGAACAGAACCUUUAACCGUACACCUGAUUACUACCAUGAUAAUUUUACUGUUGUGCUUCUUUUAUUUACAAUAUCAUUUGAGAGUUAUGUGCCUAUUUUCUGAUUCUUUAUAUGGGGUUUAGAGAAUUCUAAGUUAAUUAUAUACGGCUGUGUUAUAUGACCCUUACCUCUAUUUACUGCUUGUUAUUGUAAUGGAUCCUCAUAAUUAUCAAUUAACAUUGAAGGGUUUGAGUUCUCUUGUUAAAGGAAAUGUUUUGGAGUGUUAUUUCAAACAUAGUUAAUACAUUACCAUAAAUUCUCAAAAUUUCAAGGGUUGCAAUUUGAAGGUGUUAAUAAUAUUGAUUAUUUGUGAAUGAAUUAUUUUGUAACAGGUUCAUAUUAUCAGUCAAAUAUUAAUGACCAUUCAACAACAUUCCAAAAUGUUUUGCUUAAUAACUGUAUACACUAAUACGUGUGGCAGGGGAGGUAACUCACUUACAUGUGACAGGGGAGGUAACUCACUAAUACAUGUGACAGGGGAGGUAACUCACUAAUACGUGUGACAGGGGAGGUAACUCACUAAUACGUGUGACAGGGGAGGUAACUCACUAAUAACUGUGUCAGGGGAGUUAACUCACACAGAACCUUAUUUGUAGCUAAUAAAUGACCAAGUAGUUGUUGUGUGACUGAUGUAUAUCCCUGGUGCCUAUGACUUAAUACAUUAUCAAGAGGAUUGACAUACAACAUGUAAUAUAUAUAUGUAUUAUUGCUUAUGUUGAUUACUAUAGAAACAUUGCAAUGAUGACAAAGCGAGAUUUGAGAUUGAGCAAGUGCAUGAUGGUAUAUGUUAGAACAGACAAGAUUUAGCUAACAAUAUGUUGUGCCAAUCUGAUAGGGUUUUAUAUAAACUUGUUUUAAACCGACCGAAAUAUAAACUGAUUGUGUUGUAUACCAGCUUUUACCAGAUACAAAUUUAUUGAUGGUGUGAUUGAAUUGAAGAUGCGAGAAUGUGGUAAAUAUUGAUGGCGUUUAAAGUAUAUAUGAGAGUCAGCUGCACUACUGUAUAGGCAUUAUGGAUCUGAGGCCGAUGUCAUUCACUAUGAGCUCAAAUUUAUGACAUACCAUAGCAAGGUUAUGUUGUGGUGUUUAUCUGUCGUCUUUGUGAAGAGCCUAAACCUGUUAGAGGCAUUAUGAUCUAUCAGAGUUACUUCAUUUCACUCUGUCAGAUGGUAUAGCGAUAAGUUUGACUGCCAACGACAGUCAAGAAGUGCUAGAGGUUGUGAAGGAGUAAAAAUAAAAAUGAAUAAUUUGCUGUAGAUGGCAUCAUCUUCCAGGAUACUUUUCAUAUACCAUGUUUACCAAACAUUUUUAAUGGGCUGGCUUUCCUAACAGAUGAGGGUCAGGAUAAAUGGGUUUUAUUAUUGGCAUAACAUGACAGAAAUGUCCAGAUCAUGGUGUAUAAAAUCAAACAUAGACACUUACAACCAAAUUGUAGUUGUACAGUAUCAUGUUUAGCCUUCAUGUAGAUUAUCAUAACUGUACAAAUACAAAUGUUGGUGGAUAAAUCCCUGUCCUCUGAAACUGCUAGACAGAUUUAUUUCAGUAACACUUGUAAAAUAACCAGGUGAGCGAUACAGGCCUUUGGACCUGUUGUAUGUUGUAUGUGUAAGUGUGUAUGUAGUUGAUUCAGUAAAGAGAGAUGAUAUAUAAUUAUUAUGUAAUUUUAAUGUGUGUUUUAUACUAGUCAUUACUGCUUCAUUUAUAAUGUCCUAUGUCCCAUUGUUACAAUGAUUUCCCUGUCACCUAACACUAACUUAGCUUGCUGUCCAGUAAAACAUGUGCAUCGCAUGCAUUUCUGGUUUGUAUCACCGAUCGUGACCGGUGUCAUCACACAUACUUUGUAAAUGUAAAUUAAAGGAAUUUUCCUUUAUUUUAAGGUAUGUACUUUUGCAAUUUUUUUUUUUUUUUUUUUUUGAUAAUGUACAUGUGUAUUUUUCACCUGUCAAUGACAGAAUCUAUUUACGGUAUUAUAUUUUCUGGACAGCUUGGCAUACAAUAUAAUGUCUGUAGCCUUAACUCAUUAAUCUACAUUGUAUGUUUAUGUUAACAGAACAUGCUAUACUUAAACUUAUAUACCUAUCCUUGGUAAGCCUCGAGAAUCACAGAAGUCCAGUCUCUUACCUUAUGCAGAGUUACGGCCCUUUGUUUAGUUAGUCUAAACAUAACUCUGUUGUCUUUUUACUUCAUGAUGGAACAUGUCAUAGAAAAUGUAUGGUUACACAAUACAUUUGUCCCUUGGAAAUAUCUUGAGAACCUGAGUAAAACCUUAGGUCUGUGUUUUUCUGAUUCAAAAUUGUCAUUAAUUUAGAUGUUAAAGUUGCUUGAGGUUACAUCUUUUUAGCCAGGAAGGUACGACACAAGAGUUGUAUGUCAGACCUCAAAGCCCUGUACACAUCAAACAAUGAAACCUUUAAGACAAUGAAAGUAUAUGUCCAAAGUUUUAUGUAAUUAAUCGUAAUCAUUAAUGAAUGAUGUUAUGUUCAUGUGCGAGACACCAAGUACCUGCUCAACCGAACGCUAACUGCAUUUUGUGACAUGUAGAUAUAUAUGUAUGUGAUGUUUAGUGAUAUAUUAAUUUAUUAUUUUACCACUUAAAGCUUGUCCAUGUAUCUUGAAUAUUGAAUUACGGUGCUAUAUAUUGAUAUGUUAUCUUAGUACCUAACCUUGUAUACAACACAAUAAAUAUUUGUUAUAGAUAACACA